GCAAGAUGACGAAGACGUGGUCAGCUACUACGCUAAUAUUUGUGUAGGGUGAGAUAUGGACUGUGAAGGGGAUGUGGGGAACAGGGAUGAACAUGAGGAGGGGGCUGGAGGAUGGUGCGAGAAACUGAUGGCAUUUUCUUUUCAGGGUGGCACCGAGAUUGCCGACGUCGUCUCUCAUCUGCAGCAGGGUGAUGGAGACGAGGCGGAUGAGUGGGAGGUGGAGCAGGGGUUCUUGGCAGAGGCGGUGGUUGUGAGGGAGAAGAGGCAGGGAAUGAGCGAGAUUGGCGUGAAGGGUGGGAAGGUUGACAACAACAACAACAACAACAACAACAACAACAACAACAACAUCCGCAACGACGGCGAGCAGCAAAUGGCCGAAAUCGGCGCAGCGGGCGAGGAGGACGAUGACAACAACAACGAUGGGGUCGCUCAUCUGCAGCAGGGUGAUGGGGACCAGGCAGAUGAGUGGGAGGUGGAGCAGGGGUUCAUGAUAGAGGCAGCGGAUGUGGUGGAGGAGAUGUUGGGAAUUGGCGAGAUCGGCGAGAAGGGUGGGAACGUGGACAUCAACAUCAACAACAACAACAACAACAACAACAACAACAACAACAACAACAACAACAACAACAACAACAACGAUAACAACUUCGAGAACGACGGCGAGCAGACUAUGGGCGAAAUGGGCGAGACGGGAGCGAAGGAUGGUGGCAAUAACAAUAACAACACUGAUAACAACAACGAUGGUGAGGAGGGAUUGGGUGAAAUGGGCGACGAGGGUGUGAAGUACAACAACAACAGCAAUAACGAUGGCGAUAAUAACAACAACGAUAACGAAAACAGCAACAACAACAACAGCAACAAGAACAACAACAACCACGACGACGGCGGCAACGACAGUCACGGGAGCAGCGGGGCAGAGAGGGCUUGUUGUGCAUCCAAGCUGCUGAUCAGCAUCAUGGGGAAGAUGUCACAAUCAGUGCAAUCGGGAGGGAGUAGUAGCUCGUUGGGGUUGGCGAAGUGGGGUUUGUGGUUGAAGGUGCGACUUACUAUUCCUCCCCCCCCUCUAUCCGGUGAUUUCCCAUGCUGAUUCGUGGCUUCUCUCCUGGCAUCGUGUAGGGAUAGGAUAGA